AUGAAAGCUGAUGUUGGCGGGUUUGUUCAAGAUCCAGAGCCGGAGUUGUUGGUGCGCUGGUACCAGGCAGCGGCCUUGCAGCCAUUUUUCCGAGGUCAUUCUGCAAUGGUGACAAAAAGACGUGAACCCUGGCUUUUUGGAGAAGAAGUCACAGCAGCUAUCCGCACCACCAUCCAACAAAGGUACUGUUUGUUGCCAUAUUGGUACACACUUUUCCACAAAGCUCACACCUCUGGACAGCCUCCAGUCAGGCCUCUGUGGGUGGAGUUUCCACAAGAAGAGGAGACUUUCACAGAGGACUCUCAGUACAUGAUUGGAGGAGCACUGCUGGCUUGUCCUGUAACAGAACCAGGAGUUCAAGACGUUAAGAUUUUUCUUCCUGGUAGUGCUGAGGUUUGGUAUGAUAUCUACUCUGGUAAGGCGUACAUUGGAGGCAGAGCUUUGAUUCUUCCAGUCACGCUGGACACAGUUCCGGUGUUUCAGCGGGGUGGCUCGAUGGUCUGUAGAUCAACAGGAAGUGGCACGUGCACGGCUGACUUCCAGCUGUUGCCUCAUGCUGUCACCGUGGCUUUAAACUGCCAGGGCAGGGCUGAUGGUGAAUUGUACCUUGACGAUGGCCACUCCUUUAAAUACCGUGACAGAAAGGCCUUUUGUCGGCGCAGGUUCACCAUGCUGUCAGGCCGUCUGCUCUCCCGGUGA